GAACUUCAGAAAUUAAUGGCCACCAUUUAUUAAUUAAUAUAUACAAAUCAUUAGGCAAAAUACAAAUCAUUAAGCAAAGAGGAGUUGAUUGAUCCACUGCUAUAUCCAAAGUGCUUCUCCUCUCCGGUGAUCUCGACGACACAUCCUCGAACAGUUUGUCUCAAUCAGCAUUGUUACAGAGACGCACAAGAUGCGAGAGGACGGUGAAGCGUCAGCCAGACAAAAGAACAGCACCAGGAGAGUCCUUUUCUUACUAAACUGCCUCUUACUCUGCCUAGGCACCACUGGUGGCCCUCUCAUAAGUCGCCUCUACUUCCUCCACGGCGGCAAACGCGUCUGGCUAUCCAGCUGGCUCGAAACCGGAGGUUUCCCUGUCUGCCUCGUUCCUCUGUUCAUCUCUUAUAGUCGCAGCCGCCUCUCUCGCCACCCUAAGCCCUUCGUCUUCCUCGACGCGCGCUUGUGUCUCGCAGCUUUUGUCAUCGGUGUUCUCACCGGCCUCGAUGAUUACCUCUACGCUUACGGCUUAGCUCGCCUCCCUGUUUCCACUUCCGCCCUCAUCAUCGCCACCCAGCUGGCUUUCACCGCCGCCUUCGCCUUCCUUCUUGUCAGGCAGAAUUUCACCCCUUUCUCCGUAAACGCCGUCCUCUUGCUCACCGUCGGGGCCGGUGUCUUGGCUCUCCAUUCAUCCGGGGAUCGUCCCCGAGCUGAGUCCACCAAGCAAUAUGUGCUGGGAUUCGUGUUGACGCUGGCGGCAGCGGCCCUGUACGGUUUUUUGUUGCCUUUGAUAGAGCUUAUGUACGGCAAGAGCAGGCAGCGUUUGACCUACACGCUCGUCAUCCAGAUUCAGUUCGUGAUGAGCUUCGGGGCCACUCUGUUCUGUACCGUUGGGAUGCUCGUCAACAACGACUUCAAGGUGAUGGGAAGAGAAGCGAGGGAAUUUGGGCUGGGGGAAACAACAUAUUACGUUGUGCUGGUGUGCAGCGCGAUCAUAUGGCAGUUUUUCUUUGUGGGAGCUAUAGGGGUUAUCUUCUGUGCAUCUUCAAUGCUUUCAGGUAUUAUAAUCGCGGUGAUGCUGCCGGUCACCGAAGUAUUGGCUGUAUUGUUCUACAAGGAGAAUUUCACAGCAGAGAAAGGAAUCAGUCUGGGCCUCUCAAUCUGGGGGUUUGUGUCAUACUUCUAUGGAGAAUAUAAACUGAUCCAGAAAAAGAAGGAAAAUAAUCCCACCCCUCUGGCCGACUUCACUCCAAGUAUUCCUAAUCCAUGAAUUCUGCUGUUAUUUAUUAUUUUCUUGCUUUUCAGUUUUCUUCUUCAAUUAGGUGUGCGACCCUAUAUUGUGAGAACGUAAGACCGGCGUGUUAAUAUUUAUGUAUAUGUGUGUCUCAUAAUAAACAUUUUUCGGCGCAUGUAUAUAUACAUAUACAUAUAUAUAGGAUGAUACUCCAAUAUUUUCUUCAAAUCCUAAA